AGAGUUUUGGUCUUUUUGAAUGAAUAGAAUAGAACUCAAGUCGCGUGUUAUAAAAGUAAGAAAAAUUACACUAACCUCACUAUUUCACUUCAUUCUGUUGCUUCUAUCGUUUCGUUCUUCACCUCUUUCACAGAUGGUGUCCUUAGACGAGAAAGAAGGCCCCAGUCCUAAAAUAGGUCCUGACCACCAGGCGGAGAUUCUUUCAUAUUCAGACCAGCUUUCACUUCAAAUGGAUUCUGAUUAUCCAGAAGAAGAUGAGUAUGAUGAAUUACACUCUCCUUCAAUUUGUUUGCCCAUCUCAGUCACGUGGAGUGAUGCUGAUGCAGAAUGUUUGGUACUCGGUUUGUUUAUUUUUGGGAAGAAUUUUACUCUGAUUAAAAAAUUGUUAGAGAACAAAGGGAUGGGAGAAAUACUCUCAUUUUACUAUGGAAAGUUUUACAAGUCGGAUGGAUAUCAAAGAUGGUCGGAGUGCAGGAAGUUAAAAGGGAGAAAGUGUAUGAUAGCAAAGAAACUUUCUACCAAAAUGAGGCAACAUGAUCUAUUGUCUCGCUUGAAUCCUCAUGUCACUAAAAAAUCACAACAUACUUUGUCUAAGGCUUCUAACUCAUAUGUGGAAGGCAAAAGUUCUCUAGAAAAAUACAUAUCUACAAUGAAGUCUAUAGUUGGGCUUGGCGUUUUUGCAGAAGCGAUAGGUAUUGGUAAGGAGAAUGGAGUCCUUACUCGGCUUGAUUUGGAACCUAGGAAAAACAGUUGUGAGGAGUUUUUAGCACCAGCUUGCAAAGCUUUGUCUUCUCUUGGACCGGGUGAUAUAAUACAAUCUUUGGCAGGAGGAUGUUGGCUGAGCAAAACCAGAAGUAAUGAACUAUUCUGGGAAGCUGUUUGGCCCCGCUUACUGGCAAGAGGUUGGCACUCUGAGCAACCAAAGAAUCAAGAUUAUCUAGUUUUUCUUAUUCCCGGCGUUGAGAAGUUUUCUUGGAGAAAACAUUUGAAAGGGCAACAUUACUUUGAUUCUGUUAGGGAUGUAUUGAGCAAAGUAGUAGCUGAACCUAAUAUUAUUGUGCUCAAAGAAGAAGAAGUUGAAGAAGGAGGACCAAACGAAGAUGAUUUCUCUGACGAUCAUCGUCAAUGUUACCUCAAGCCUCGAUCUUCUAUAAGUUUGGUGCAUUGCGGAAAGCCGUUGAAAUACGUUCCGUCUAAUACAGUGCAUAGAGAUGAGGUAGAUGUUGAUGGUAAAAGAUAUAAAGGGAACACAUAUAGUAGGAGAGUAAACCAUAGCAAGGAUAUGUCUAAAAGCAUUACACAGAGGUCAACAAAGUUAUUAGUUACUGAUACCAAUGGACUUCCUAAAAGAAAACUAUUGAAGGUGAAACAAAUGAGAUAUCUGCCUGUUGAAUUGAAAGAUGCUUCUAAAAUGACUACCGAUCUUCUAAGCGAAAGUAAUGGUGGUUCUUCACCAAGGAUGGUGGAAUCCAAGAUUCUGAUAUAUGGCAGAAAGAAAACUGAUAGUUGCAUUGGUGUAUCUAACAGUGGAGUCUUUGUUGAAAAAGAAAUACAUGAUAAUCCUGAGAAUGAUGUGAACAAGAUGGUCGAAAGCCAGAAAAAUCAACACACCUGCGUGUUUGAUGAUAGUCAAGUGAAGAGGAUCAUAAAGCAUCAUGAGUUCAAUUGGAGAGUAAGAUCAGGUGAUUCUAAUCAUGCUGCUGUUCCUACUAAAAGGAGGAGAUUGACUGCUUGUGCCAAGGCAGAGAAUAGCCGCGUCAUUCAGAAUUUUUCAGGAGGUUUGGGAUCUGAUAAAUUAAGAUUCUCUUGUAUUUCUAGCAUUCUAGAUGCCAACCAAAAUGUUUGUGAUCCAAUUUGCCACCAGCAGAAUGGAAGUUCAAGCGCCUCAUCAGAAGACAGAAGUAGCAUACAUUGCGAUUAUGGUUCUUUGGAACAACAGGCUGAUAUAAAUCCAAGGAGACAGAGCAGCAGAAACAGCAAAAUGACAGUUAAAGCAAUGGAAUGUAUAACAUAUAAAUUCUGGCAAAACAAGAAUGACAUCCAGACACACACACAUAUAUUCAAUCCUUGCCGCAAGGCUCGCACAAGAGGCAAAACAAGGCCGCGUCGUAACAGCAUUGUUUUUCAACAAAUAAUAGGAGAUGGAAGUGUUAGCUGAAUAUCUGCAUACUUGGUUAAGUUAAAGAGUAGAGUUGAAUAGUGAUUAUUUUUUAAGCUACUACCAGCACUUCUGUCAUCGCAAAAAUGGUUUUGAAUGUAGUGAUGCUUCUCCUUGCCUGACUUGCAAAUUGUAUUCUAAGGCAUACUGUCAUGUUUUAUUUA